CAUUACUUUCUUCAGUUAAUGGAUUGGAAGUUUAGCCUUUGGGUUAUUCUACACUUUGUGGAUGGGUAAUUAGCCAAGAUUUCAGUAUCAAUUUUUCUCAUGGGUUGUUCUUCAGUGGACAGAUGGAAAAAUGGGGUUUUUUGUUUUUUUUACUGCUCUGGAAUUUUAGCUCGUUUUUUUUAGCGAAAUGAUGACUUGUAUUACGGAUUCAGAGCCUUGGCGAUAUUCCCAAAACUAGGGUUUGCAAUGGGCUUUCUUUGGGUAAAACAAGGGUUAUCAAGAGGCUUUGAUGGGUAAAACAAGUGUUUCCGAGAGGUUUACUACUUUAAACACGGGUUUGUAAGAUUUAUUUUCGGGAGAGUUGCAGAGAUUUUUAUUGGCCAAACUAAGAGGUUGAAAGGGAUUUGGUUUAGUACACAAGUCGUUUGCAAGGAGUCUAGACGGUUGGCAAAAUAAGGGUCGGAAGAUAUUUUGUUUAUCACGCAAAGGGUUUGCAAGGGGCUUUGUUCGGCAAGCUAAGGGUUCGGAAGAUAUUUUUCUCUUGUUCAAAGGGUUCUUGAUUGGCAUAGUAAGGAUUUGAAGAUAUUUUGAUUACUGCACAAAGGGUUUGCAAGGAGUAUUUUUUGGUCAAUUAACGGGCUGGAAGAGAUUUUGUUUAAUGAACUCGGGGUUUGCAAGAGCUUUUUUGGCCAAACUAAGUGUUUGCUUUCUGAACUAAGAGUUUGCAAUAGGCUUCUCAUGAUCAAUUUAAGGAUUUGCAGGAGUUCAUGUUUGGCAAACCAAGGGCCUGCAAUGGGUUUUGCCUGCCAAUUCCAGACUCUGAUUAUUGACACAAUUGGCUGGUGCAUUUCAGUAGUUUUGAUCUUACCUGUCAUGAUGAGUUGCAGGUUGGUCAGUCAAACUCACAAGAACAUGUAAGAAGUUUUAAAGCUACCGAUGACAAAUCGGCCAGUGAAGUAAAAAACCAAGUAUAAAAUGCUGCUUAUAUUUUUUUUUGAAAAGUCAUAUCAAGAAACUUGGACUGUGGAAUCUACAAUUGCUUAAAGAAUGGUAUAUUUUUCAAAUUCUUGAAAAUCGUAAAUGAGGGUUUGAAAAAAGUUCUAUUUGACAAGAUCCUUUAAAUGUGGGCUUCUUUUUGGGCUUAAUUGAGAAUACAAGGGUAGUGCAACGUUUACGAAAGCUUGUAUUGCUGUAAGUUUGAGACAGUGAGGUCCCAUGUCUAGGUGGCACUUGAUAAUAUUUUAUGGUUCAAGGGAGCAUCAUCGCACAUUGAGAGUGGCAAAUGGACCAUUCAAACUCAUGAGAGAUUGGACAUUGAAUGAACAUCUUUUUAUGAGAGAUGGGUGAGUGAAGGUCUGAGUACCACACUGUUGAUCAAGAAAAUGAUAUUGAACAAUGAUAUGUAGUGGAGGAUGACCUUUUGUUUAAAGAAUAUAUAUUUGUGAAAGAAUUGAAAAGAUGAGAGUUUGUUAGAGUGAAAUUCCAAAGGGUGGGGCCAAUUUCAAGACUUGGGUUUUAAGAGAUUGGAACUUUGUCGAUGUUGCUGAAAUUGGGUAUGUUCAAAUAUUUUUGCUGAAUCAUAGAAAAGAUGAGUUUUAAAGGUUUUUGUUUGGCUAGUUUCCAAAACCAAGGGCUUGCAAGUGAGUGUGGUUGUUAAAUUUCAAUCAAUUUCAGACCAUGGGGGUUUUAUGAGUAUUGUUUGUGAAAAUAUGGCAAGGGGCCAAUUUCAGGCAUCGGUUUUAUUCUUAGGAAUGCCACUCGUUGGAAUUGGGUAUGCUUUGUUAUGUGUCAAAUUUCAACAGUUUCAGAAAAUGAGGGUUUCUUGGGUUUUUCUGCCAAAAUACUGCAUGGGGCCAAUUUCAGGAGUUGAUUUGCUCUUUUUGGAAUUGAGCAGAUAAGUUCUGCUAAAUGUCAAAUACAAAAGCUUCUGCGGUCUUCCAUUUUUUUAAUUCAAUUUCAUAAAGCGAGAGUUUGUAAGAAUUAUCUGGAAAUAAUUGAUUUGGCAAAUUAAAUGGAACAAUGGUUUGUAAGAGGCAUUAAUUAGCCAAAUUUCAAAAGUGGGGUUUUUUAAAGAGUUCUACUAGCCAAUUACAAAGCAUGAGCUCAAUUUCAGGACUCGAGUUCUAAUGCAACGUGAUGCUUGCUACGUUGGGAGAAAAUUUAAAAUACUAUGUUUGAAGAGUUUCAGAGAAUGAGGGAUUUUUAAGAAAUUUUGAUUACCUAAUUCCGGAAGAUGAGGGAAGAGUUGCAUAAAUUUAUUUUUACUGAAAAUGAAAGUUUGUAAGAGAUUAUAUGCUUGCUCAGAGUUUCACAAAGUGGGGGUUCUUUAGAGGUUUGAUUUGUCAAAUUACCAAAAACUGGUGGUUGUAAGAAUUUCCUUAUGCCAGAACAGGAGGGGGUUUGGAAGAGGUUUUAUUUUCAUAACUAAGGGCUUGUUGUAGGUUUUUAUUUUGAAAUUCCAAAAAAUGAGCCUAGGCUUCUUUCCUAGUUUCAUAGCAUUGAAUGAGGCUUUUUGUAACUUAAGAAAUUGGAUUGAUUUUAGUAUUCUUGGAAUUUUAUCAAUGCUUUGACAUUCUGGAAACUGAUGGUUUGCUAGUGAUUUGGAUUUGUCAAAUUCCAGACAAUGUAUUUGAAAUCAGAGAAGGUCAGCUUUAGGGAAAGUUGGGAAAUUCUAUCAGUUGUGAAAUUUGAACAGUUUUUCUAAAUUUAUGAUGUUUUUGAAAGACAAGUUGGAGAAACCUGACUUAUUUAACUCAAUAUUUGAGCGAAAGAGUUUAAAUUAUUCUAAACCUGAGAAAAUUGGUUACAUGAAAAAUUUGUAACUGUGUAUUUUGAUAUCUCAGUAAAAUUGAGAAAACGAGUCAACUUUUUGAAAAUUGAUUCUUUCGUGCUUCUAAUUUGACAGGCAGAUUUAAUAUUACUGCAAGCAUGAAAAUAGCUUUUAUCAAUUGUGGAAAGCUGGUUUUUUUAAGAUUAAUUGGAGGGAUAUGUUAAAAUUUCAUCCUGGCUGCCAGGUUGAGAGUUAAGAUGAUCGUCAGAAACUGGGCUUAAUUAAUUUCUUGGGAAUUUGGCUGUUAAAUUUGAGAUAGUUGAUUAAAAUUUAAUUGUGCUAUCAAAAUCUGAAUAAAAGCUUUUCAUAACUGCCUAAUUGGAGACAUGUGGUAUGGGAAAUCUUUGACCAUGGAGAAGAUGGUUCUUAAUAUUUCCUUAUGAAAAUCUAGUUGGUGGAUGUGAGCAAUCUUCAUGAGAAGGCAGUGAGAUUUGACAAACUUGGGAUUUUAAUGUUUUGUGGUUGCUAUUUAUGGGCGUUUGGCCUUGGGUGUAAGGAAUGGUGUAUAAACCAUGUGCUACAAGAAAUUAUAAGGGAAUCCGUAUUCUGGUUUGCUGAUUUCUAGUGUUCUUUACAUCAAACUUGCCCCUAAAACAAAAGCUACAAGAAAUGGUCCAAUUUUUUGGAAUGUAUUUACUGAUUAUGUCAAGGACUCAAAUUGCGCACAGGAUGCUCUACACAUAGUAUGUGCUCAUGAUUGAAAUACAACUUCUAUCAAUCAGAGAUUCAAUAGUAUUGCUUUUGGGCUUUUGGUUUUUAACUGUUUUUGUGGCAUGCUCAAGUUUUAACUAUUGCUGAAAGGACAAACUGUAGGAAGUAAGUUUGUUAUUAGGAAAAAGGAAAACUGUGCAGUUUUUACAAGUAUUGCUGAAAGGACAAGCUGUAAGAAGUACCGCGUUUCAAGAAAAAAAGAAAAUCAACAAAAGUUUUAUAUUAUAGUUUGAUAAGUUUAGAUUUCUAUCUGUUGAGGUAGCUGACAUGAGUUUGCUUUCCAUUUUGAGUAUUAGGAUUUUAUCAUGAAAUGCCUUCUCAUGAGGGCAUCCUAUUAGCUUCUCUGUUAAUUCUAUUAAAUUGCUUGUAGACAGGAUUGGAAAGAGAAAUUCUAGUGGCAGCAAUUGACUAUAAAGUCCCAUUGAUAUCUGGGUAGGAGUACAUGAGUUAGAAUUAUGAUUUUUGCAUAGUAAUGGACCAUCAACUAUUGUUACCGUAUUAUAUGUUUUCAUGUGUGUUUUAUAUUAAAAAUUGCUAGAACACUGUUUAGGUGAAGAUCAUGUGAUUUAGAAAUCUGGUAAUUUCUAAGUAUAGGGCAGGUUGUCUAGGUCAUGUGAAUAAAUGGUGAGAGGUACUAGUUUAAAACCAAACUGCUUGUGAGCCCCAAUGUUCUUAAAAUACAAUAUGAUUUUGCCGCUUUAUAGCAGAAAAUGCAGUUGUCUGAUCUAUAGGGUCUCACUAAAACAUGAAUAAUAAAUGAUCAACUUGUUGUCUAGCAAAAUAUUAUGGAUUUGUAGUCAAUACAAUACGUCUCUGGAGCUGCAAAUACCUUAUAAAGCCUUUAAAAUUUUCCUUUAUAAGAGUAAGUUCAAUUUGUAAUUUCGAUGUCAGAUAUUGACGCAUGCAGGAAAGUAUGUUGCAGUAGAUCAAUCAAGUACCAAAAUGUGAAGCAGGCACACUCACAUGUCUUUCCAGUGUUUCUGGGAUUCAGUUGGUCUGAUAAAGUGUAAACUUUUGCAGAUGGGAAUGACAAUUCAGAACAGAUGUUGUCAUACAUACGGGAAGUUAUAAUCCCAAAUAAUGCUACUACAUAGAGGAGACUGAAGAUUUGAGGAAAUUAAAUAAAUUGGAAGGUUGAAAAGCAUAUUGAAUUUUAAAAUUCUAAAUGUAGGUUGACAUUACAAGUACUACAAAUUCAGAGUGGAAAUAUGGAUGUGUCGUGGUGAUUUCAGCGUAUGUUAAUCUGAUUAACAGAGUACAUCACAUUAUUUGGGUUAGUUGUAAAUGUUGUUGUAUGGUGGCGCUGAGUUGCUAAGAUUUGGGGUAACAAAUGUGUAUCAAAUGGAUAUGAGAUUUUGAUUUUAGUGUGUCAUUAUGCGAAAGGAACAGGAGAAUUCCACGGGUUAUAGCUUUUGGAAACAUAGAAGAGUUUUUGCCUGUUGCACAGGAGGCUGGGAAAUCAGAUGAUUAGAUACUUGGAUGAAUGAAAUAUACUAGGCCUUAUAUAUGUUUGUUUUAUUAUUUGCUGGAUCAUUACAACCUUUGUUUCAGUAAAUUGUUCAUAAUACUUGGGAUCGAGUGAAAUGGGAUAACUAGUUGUAGAGUUCUCUUUUAAGGUUUAUCUUAACUUCAUAAUUACAUGCCAAAAUUGCAUGAUGCUGGAUGAAGUUAUGGCUGUUCUGAAAUUUUCUAGAGCAGCUGAUAGAUGCUAUGAUUUGGCCAUUUUUAACUGACAGGACUUCAACUCCUGAUGUCUCGCGGAAUAGAUGCAUUGUAGCAGUGGAGCAAUGAUAUGACAGAUGUUGUCUGGUUUUUGAAGAUGUGGUGUGUUUCUCUUAGUGCUACUCGGAUGCAUCAGAGUUGUAGUAGCGGAGGUUGGAGAGUUAUUAGAAGUAAAGGUAGGAACAGUUUUGUUAAAUUUGAUCAUCAAAGCUCCAGUGCACUACAAAAUCCAUUCCACAAAGAAUUACCAGAGGUUGAUAUCAAUUAUAUCAAUAGGCUUGAACAGUGCCUGAAAGCAUUUUGUUAAUUCCUGUUAUUACUCAAGGCCUCUUUUUAAAAUUUAAAGCUUUCCCAAAGUUUCUUCCCUCCUACUCAUGGCAGACAAUUUUUACAGAAUAGUCACCAGGAAUGAUGAGGACAGUACCAUUUCUGAGUAAUUCUGGCUUUGAUUGACUGCAUGCUUGAUUAUUGUGAAUUUUGGUGCACUUAAACUGGAUGAUAUGGAUGCAAAACUAUCUUAAGGAGAGGUUCCUCUAAUAAGGUGUUAUUUGGGUAUUACGAUUUGUACAUUCAAAAGAACACUACAAAAUGCAGAUUCAUUGCUUGAAAUUUUGAUUUGGUUGACAAGUCCUGUGCUUUGAGGCAUUAGGCAAUUUAGAAGUUUAGAAAAUUCAAAGGUGUGGUUAAGAAUACUUGACACUUUGAUGUUUCAUCUAUGUUUCAAAAAUGGGAGAAAUGGUUGAGUGGAAUCAAAGGCAGUGGCUACCUGAAUGAAAUAAUAAGAAAACAAAAAGUGGAUAUAACGUGGGUUCUGAGAAUGCAAAAUAGCCUAUUGAUUGCAUGCAUGGCUUGAGUCCUACCUGAUGGUAAGAAUACAAUUUCUGGGUUAAGAAUGCUAGAUCGUCUUAUCAAUUGUGCCAAUGGUUUGAGUAGGAUGAUGCAUCAUCAAUGUAUUCAGGAAGGGAAAUUGAACUGGAACAGGAUAUAACAUGAAAGGUUACAAGGUACCAGUUCCAAAUGGAUCUGUUUCACCAAUGCGUCCAAGGAAGCCAGAGCAAUAUGGACAUGAUUAUGAUCGCAAUGGCCGUGACUUCGAUCGUGGGGGUCGCAACAUCGAUCGCGGUGGUCGUGACUUUGAUCAUGUUGGUCGUGAAUUUCAUCGUGGUGAUCGUGAGUUCAAUCGUGGUGCACGUGACUUUGAUCGUGGGCCUCGUGACUUUGACCGUGAUUUUGAUCACAGUGGCCCUUCUCGUGGUCGAGGUUUUAGGGGUGGCCGGGGUCGUGGCAGAUUUCGAGAUAGAUCUCCCCCUUUUGGUAUGGGAAGAGGCAGGCCUCCUCUUGGAAGAGGGUUUAGUGGACCUGGAUAUGAUGGUCCUGAGCCCUUCCGUGGAGAAAGUGCUGGAAGAAACAAUCCAAAUGUAGCUCCGAGAGAAGGAGAUUGGAUAUGCUCUGAACCAACCUGUGGAAAUCUCAACUUUGCAAGGAGAACACAUUGUAACAAUUGCAAUAAACCUCGGAGGGAUGUAGCACCAUUUAGUCUUGGAGUUGGUAGUCCCACUAGAGGUUAUCAAGGGCCUUUACCUCCACCGCUCAUUGAUGGUCCACCAAUGGGCCGUGGUAUGGGGAGAGGUGGUAAUGGAUUUGGACCGCCACCUGUACGCUGGGGCAGAGGUGGUCCUAGAGAAUUUGACCAAGGUGCACCUCCAAGACCAGCAGAAAGGUUCUCAGACUUCCGUUCAGGAAGGGACAUUCGAGACAGACCAGAGUUCCGUGAACAUGAUGACUUUGCAGAGAGGGGUAAGUUUGAUAGGGCACCACCUGUGGAUUGGGGGUUUCCACUUGGUUCUAGAGACAGGGAAAGAGAUGACAGGUUUCAUGACAAGAGAGGUCCACAGGAUACAAGGAGUGAUCGGCAUCCUCCCUCACCACCUCCACGUAGUCGCUGGGGAAGGGAUGCAAGGGACCGAAGUAGGUCUCCUAUUAGAAGUGCACCAAAAGAUUAUUACAGAGAACCCUAUGUGGGUCAAAGAAGAGAUGAUAAACGAGGGGGACGGAGGGAUCGACUGGAUGAUACAUACUAGGUAUAUUUGACUGAGCUGCAAACAAAUCAAAACUGUACUUUAUUAGAGUGCCAGCAGACAAGAGUCCAAAUGUUACUUUUAAGGAUGCAUGUGGAGCCUUCUUGUUAGCAUGUAUUUGACAAUGAUACAGCCAUUUGCCCAGCAUGUUGCUGGGUGUCUGGUAUUCACAUCAUAUUGUUGUAUUUUAAUCACUAUGCUUUUUUUGGAUAUUCAUUACAUUGUACUUAUCUUUGUUCGCCCAGGAUAACUGGCGCCUUCUGUCAUGCAAAUAAAAAGAAUUGUCAGUUGGUUUUUGUUA